AGCGGCGGGGCCGGGAGCGGCCACCGGGACCCAGUGGGACCCCCAGCCCCGGCAGCACCGCAGCACCGCCCGCCCGCCGCCGCAUGCCCGGGGGGGCGCCGCCGUCGCCGUCCAUGCGGGGCGGCGGGGCCCAGGCGGCGGCAUGAGCCAGAGCGAGGUGUCGCCGUGCGCGGCGCCGCCGCCGCCCCCCAGCCAGCGGGUGUUCCAGGAGGCGGUGCGGCGCGGCAACACCAAGGAGCUGCAGUCGCUGCUGCAGAACAUGACGAACUGCGAGUUCAACGUCAACUCCUUCGGGCCCGAGGGGCAGACGGCGCUGCACCAGUCCGUCAUCGACGGCAACCUCGAGCUCGUCAAGCUCCUGGUCAAGUUCGGCGCUGAUAUCCGCCUGGCCAACCGCGACGGCUGGAGCGCUCUGCACAUCGCCGCCUUCGGGGGCCACCAGGACAUCGUCCUCUACCUGAUCACCAAGGCCAAAUACUCCGCCGGCGCACGGUGAUGCUGGGGCUGCUCCCCCGGUGAUGCCGGGGUUGCCCCUCUUUCGCUCCCUCGGUGAUGCCGGGACCGCUCCCUCGGUGAUGCCGGGACCGCUCCCUCGGUGAUGCCGGGACCGCUCCCUCGGUGAUGCCGGGACCGCUCCCUCGGUGAU